AUGCCCAUUGGACUUGUCUCGUGCUGCAGCAUGCUGGAGUACGACAGCGAGAACCUGAACUCCGAGGAGAUCUACAGCUCGCUGCGCGGUGUCACCGAGGCCAUCCAGAACUUCAGCUUCCGCAGCCAGGAGGACCUGGUGGAACCGCUGAGGCGGGACGGGAAGAAGGAUGGCGUUAUGACUGGAGGCGGGGCUUCCUCGGACUCCGAACCUCGUCCCAGCGGUGAUGCAGUGGAGGGCGGGCGCACUGCCCUGGACAACAAGACCUCUCUGCUGAACACGCCGUCUCCUCGAUCCUUCGCCGGCCCGCGCUUCAGAGAGUACAACCCAUACAACUACACGGACGGCAUCAGUACGAUGGAUAAAGCUGCGCUGAAGGAGGCGCUGUACGAGGACGCUGUGGAGCAGCUGCGAGAAGGCCGCCGGCAGGAAAGUGUGGAAAACAAGAUCCUGAACCCCAAAGGUUUCCCAGCCGGGGCUGCUGAGCAGCUGGAGCUGGUCGGAGAGCUGCUGAAGGAGCUCUCCCAGGGCCAGGCAGGGGAGCGGGGCCCUGAGGAGCGCCGGGGGACCCUGCUGGAGAUGCUGAAGGUGGCCCGGGAGGACAGCUUGGUGGUGUGGGAAGAGCACUUUAAGACCAUGCUGCUGCUCCUGCUCGAAACGCUGGGAGACAAAGACCACACAAUCCGGGCACUCGCCCUGCGAGUCCUAAAGGAGAUUCUGAGGAACCAGCCCGCCCGCUUCAAGAACUACGCCGAGCUCACCAUCAUGAAGAUGCUGGAGGCCCACAAAGACUCGCACAAGGAGGUGGUGCGGGCGGCCGAGGAGGCGGCCUCCACGCUGGCGGGCUCCAUCCACCCCGAGCAGUGCAUCAAGGUGCUCUGCCCCAUCGUGCAGACGGCCGACUACCCCAUCAACCUGGCCGCCAUCAAGAUGCAGACGAGAGCCAUCGAACGCAUCACCAGAGAGCCGCUGCACCAGCUGCUGCCCGACAUCAUCCCCGGACUCCUGCAGGGCUACGACAACACUGAGAGCAGCGUGAGGAAGGCCAGCGUCUUCUGCCUGGUGGCCAUCUACUCUGUGAUCGGAGAGGAGCUGAAGCCUUACCUGGCUCAGCUGACCGGCAGCAAGAUGAAGCUGCUGAACCUGUACAUCAAGCGGGCGCAGACCUCCACCAGCAACAGCAGCAGCUCCUCCGACAUCUCCUCCUACUAACUCCUGCAGCUUCCAUCCUCGCAGACACGCUUAUAAACGGUUUCAUUCCAUCAGCCGGUGAUCGACCUGAGGGGCGACGUCACCACCAGUGGGAUCAUCAUCAGUUUCUUUGUAGGACCAGGUGCCUGGCACCUCAUCUUCUUGACCAGCUUCUGUUUCCCAAACCAUCUUCCAUCUCAUUCCUUCAGCUGCUGAUGGAGCUGAAGUCCCUGAGGAGCUCAUGCUGUCACCGCUCCAGUUUCAUGUCCAUCAUCCAUAAAGUUCAGCUCGUUUUUUGGAGGUAGGGUGACCCUGGCUUUUGAGACGUUUCAUGAAGAUCCACCACUAGAUGCAUUAGCCUUAAGACUUCAUCUUCCAUCUUCCAGUAUGGAAAUGAUCAAUUUUUAAAGGCCGUGUGCCUGAAACCAAGAUCUCCUCUUCCUCAUCUCAUCAUCGUCAUCUUUAAUCUCCUGGAUGUGAGGUGCAGUUUGAAGCCGAGGAGAUCGUGGAACCAUGAAGGACCUGAAGAGGAGAGUUUUUGCAGUGUAGCUUCCUCCUUCUGUCAGUAUUUUUAUUCCUUUUUAGUACCUUUAAUCCACUUCCUGGACACUGUUUUGCUUUGACACAUCAAACCUUUUAUUGAAUGUAAAGAGCUUUGAGUGAGCGCGAGUCUCCUUCGUGAACUACUGCCUCAUCGAUGGGACGUUUUCCAGUUUUUAACAUUUGAAUGAGUUGUUACAGAAAGUAGCACUACGGUCUUUAAAAGGCUGAAUCCCAGAGAUAAUCGAAAGAUCAACGCAAGCUUUAUUUUGAAAAUGGGCUCAUGCCUCUGUGAGUGCGAUGGGAGAAUCGACGGGGUUGCACUCAGUCCUGGAAUAAUCUAUUUCAAAAGAUGUGAAGCUCGUCUCAGUUUACAGUGAUUGAUCAUUUGGCUGGCCAAUGAUUUUAAGCACUACAGAUCAGCAAAGUUUUAUUGUUCUGGGCCCGAGAACCAGCAGAAAACAGCAGUGUUUAUAUUUAAAAGUCAUUUUUUAAGGUGUGAAAAAGAAGGAACAAAUUAUUUCUGUUUUUGUGGCACUCAUCAGUUAGAUUUCCAUUUAAUAGUCAAGGCUAAAUAUUUCACCUCACAGAUCACAGUUUUCUACCUGAAUUGGAAAAAAAAUGUCAAAUUGAAACGGCCGUGUUUUUAGAUGAAGAACUUGUGACUGAGAGUUAUUUUGAAAUCACAGGUUUGCUUUAGUUAGCUGUCUAAAUGAGCUGUUGGAGAUGAGGUGGAGGUUUGAAAGAGACAGACCACACACACAGAUUUAAUAUUCAGUGUUGGAAAUUAGAUUUGUCCUACAUGCGCGUGAACAGCACUUUCUUGUAUACGGGACUUUCACAAUAAAAGCUUUAGCAGCAGCAGGGUAAAUUUCAGCUGAUUAAACAGCUUACAGAAGCAUGUUGAAGAGCUGAUCGUAGGAUUUAAGUAAGCUUAACUUUAGUUUAGGAAGUUUUG